AUGAAAGAUGACAAGCAAGGAGUUCCUGAUCACGUGUCCAAGCGAGUAUCCAAUCAGCUGAUUUCGAUUACUUUCCUUACCGGUUCUCUACUCCCCCCUGUCCUUCUCCAUCACACAUCUAUAAAACUAAAGCCAGGACCUGGUAGCAUCAAUCGACACUAUUUGAUCUCUCUCUCUCUCUCUCUCUCUCUCUCUCUCUCUCUCUCUCUCUCUCAUCACUUUUUUAUUCCAUAUCUCGCUUCUUCUUCUUCUUUCCAUCUCUUUAGCUUUUACAUAUUCUCUUUUCUAUCAUUCUUUUUCUCUUUUUUUUUCUUGCACUAUUCAGCUAUUUUUCCAUUCUUUCCUCGUUCAUCCUCUCUGUCCCCUCUCACUCUCUUUCUCUCUCUCUCUCUCUCUCUCUCUAUUUAUAUAUCUAUCUCUAUAUAUAUAUCUUGUUUUUGUCGGUUUCUUCCAUUAUUACCGCCUCCUUCGAUUACCGCUUUUUUUUUUCACCUACGAGAGCAACUUUUUUCUCACUUCUUUCUCAUCACGCUGCUCUUUUUCACUUACACAUUUGCCUUUCUUUUUUUCUCUCUGAUUUUCAGUUAUUUUUCUUUCACCCUCUCUAAUUUUCUGCCUCCUUAUCUUCCCCUCUUCUUCAUUGUCCUUUGUUUUUUCUCUCUCAAUUUUUUAAUCGCUCAAUUACUACUUUUCUUCCACCUUCUUUUUCCUCUUUCUGUCAUCUCUUUUUCUAAUUGUUCUCUUUUAUCAAAAUAUUUCUCUCUCGGUUCCUUUUUUUCUGAUUCUUUUACUCCUUCUCUUUUAUCUGAGCUUCUCUUUCUCCCUUCUUUACUAACCUUUUUAUCCUCUAUAAUUAUCAUUGUUUCUCUCUUUUUCUCCUUCCUGUAUAAUAAUUACUCUUUCACUCUCUUUUUAUCCUUCCUCUAUAAUUAUCACUCUUUCGCUCUUUUUUCUUCUUCUUCUACAAUUAUCACUCUUUCUCUCUCUUUUUAUCCUUCCUCUAUAAUAAUUACUCUUUCGCUCUCUUUUUAUCCUUUCUCUAUAAUUAUCACUCUCUCUCUCUCUCUUUCUCUCUCUCUCUUUCUCUCUCUCUCUCUCUCUCUCUUUCCCUUUUCUCUUCUUUCGCUCUUCUUCUUCUUCUUCUUCUUCUAUAAUUAUCACUCUUUCUCUCUCUUUUUCUCCUUCCUCUAUAAUUAUCACUCUUUCGGUUUCUUUUCAUCCUCCCUCUAUAGUUAUCACUUUCUCUCACAUUCUUUCUCUCUUUCUUCCUUUUGCAUCUAA